AUGGCGUGUCUACAGAAACUGAAAGAUGACAUCAGGCUGCUGAAAGAGUUGUUCCCUUCCGACCAUUCCCGCUUCCAAAUCAAGUCGGCUUCUGUUGACGAAAUCAACGUCAGAUACCUUGUUAACGACCAAAAAAUUGAUGUCAUUGCUAACUUCCAAGAGAACUAUCCACGAGCUCCACCAAUAUGGUUCAGCGAAUCCGAGGAGCCUGUAGUUUCUUCAGUGCUGGAAAAUUUGACUAACGGAGAGGUGGAAUUUGCUAUUCUCUACCAAGUAACGUACCUGAUCACUCAGCUGUGUAAUUUUUACAAUGUCCCGCUUCCCACCGAAAUUCAUCAAAUUGCCCCGGUAAGUUUAAUAAUUUAAAAACAUGUUUUGUGAUUUAGAGUGAAGAGCUGAGCGAAGAGAAGGAUGAAGGCAACGGGAGCGACAUUGAAAGCACUGGAGAUGAGGAUAUGGAAGAAGAUAUGAUGUGCGAGAUGGAAGAACAAGAUCCCAGAGCUAGUCGGCAGGCCGAGGAGAUUGCUCCAGAAGCUCGGGAUGUUUUGAACCGUGUCACUAAUGUCCAACGACAGCAGCAUUUGCAAGGAACGGCUACUGGUUCCGUGACAGCUUCGGACAGACUGAUGAAGGAGCUCAAGGAAAUCUACCGCUCCGAGAACUACAAAAACGGUAAGUUCGCGAUGUUUCUUUACCACUGACUGUUUAAAAUUUUAUUUUUUAGUGGGAAUUUUACUUUUAUUGGCUUAUCUUUUACUUAUAUCUUCUUAUUUUUACAUUUCUUCAGGUGUGUACAGCAUCGACUUGGUGAAGGACAACUUGUACGAGUGGAAUGUCAAGCUGUACAAAGUUGACCCUGACAGUCCAUUGGCAGGUGAUAUUCGCCAGUUGGAGAACACUACUAAACAAGAUCAUAUUCUUUUUCACUUUAUUUUCAACGAAACAUUUCCGUAAGUUUUUUGACUUAUACCUAAAAUUAACCAAAGUUAUCUAAAUCUUAAUAUUGCUUUCUUUGGAUAUAGAAUUUAAUGUACUAUUGUUGUAGAUUUGAACCUCCAUUCGUCCGCCUUGUCUCUCCAGGCCUCAUGAACGGCUUCGUGCUGUCUGGUGGAGCUCUGUGCAUGGAGUUGUUGACCAAGCAAGGAUGGUCAAGUGCGUACAGUGUGGAGUCUCUGAUAAUGCAAAUCGCUGCUACUCUGGUCAAAGGAAAAGCGCGGGUGACUUUCGAUGCUAAAAUUGUAAGUUUUCGUUGAUUUUCUUUCCGUUUUAGGUAUUUAAAAGUGAAACGUUUAUUUACAUGUUGUUAUACAUUUUUGUUUCAGAGUUCGUACAGUCUGGUAAAAGCCCAACAGUCUUUCAAAUCUCUUGUCCAAAUCCACAACAAAUCGGGUUGGUUUACUCCACCUAAAGCCGACGGAUAA